UCGUGAGCUCCUUCGUCUUCAACCUUAAAGCUUCGAUUUUUCUUCGAAGAUUCUGCUCCUUCCUCGGACGCAGCAGUGUGAUUCAUCGUCGAUCAUCUCCUGUCCUGAUCUGGUGAUUUUGUUUGGUGUUAAUUCAGAUUUUCAGAUGGGGAGCGAAUAAUUUCUGGAAGCUUCAUUCAUUUUCUUCGCUGGUCAAGUCGCUGCUCCUCUUCUUGCCGUCGCCGGUGCGCUCGCGCCCGAGUAAUUCUCCGUGCAUGUCAGAAAGAUGGUGGUUGCAUUCAUUUGGAGUCUGCAAGAUUUAUGGCCUUUCUCGGUAUUCAAGAACGAUGACCUGAGGGCUUCCAAGCAAUUGGUGAGCAAACUUUCGAUUCCUGAGCAGACCAAACAAUUUGUUUUUGCAGUUCGGGAUCCUGAAACGCAAUCCGUAAUUUACAUACUUUCCGCUUUGAAUUUGUCUGAGCGAUCGGCUUUUGACGCUGAGUGUCUUAUUAAAGAGAUUAAACCGGACGCUGUGGUGGUUCAGUCGGAUCUUUCUCUGGCGACAGAAAUCACGUCCGAAGAAAAUGGACUGGAAGAUGGUGUUGCAGCCCCACUGCCCACUUCCUCUCUUGGUGUAAUCAAAAGGUGUUUUAUUGACAAGAUUGGAAAGGAGAAUUAUGAGUCAGUGGCAGGCAAUUUUGUGCUGCGUAAGAUUUUUGGGACUAGUUUUCACGGACACUUGGUAGCCGCGAAGAAAGCGGCAGAGGAUGUAGGAUCCUCAUUUAUUUUGCUUGAAUCGCCAUUAGGGAAGUGUUCCUGGGGUAGCCCUUCUGGUGAAGUCGAUGCCGUAAAUCAUUUCCAAAGUUUCGUUAGUAGUUUAGUUCCUCAGAAAGGUGCCUCUAUAGCCCCUUUGACUUUGAAGAGGUUUUCCUUGAGUAAUGAUGUUCGACCACAACUAGUAAAAGUCCUAUCGUUCUAUAUGGAUCCACAAUUGCUUGGUCAGUCCCCUCCGGUUUCAGAACGGGAUUCGAUAGAAAUUCAGCCGAGUAGUGAUUAUGAGGCCCCAGCUUUUGCGAAGUCACUCUAUCCAUUACUUGAGGACUUGCACAAUAUAUUCAUUGAUCUCCCAUCAAUUGGGAAAGCGCUAGCAAAUGUUCAAAAGAUGCUAUUAGAUAUCAGCAGAGGCGAGGUUGUUGAUACAAGAAUUAUAUCUGAGGUCUACAGGUUCCGUAUUGCAGUUGAAGGGCUAAGAAUGGCUCUAAAUAACAAUGGUUUACGGCCAAUUAACAGGAAAGAUAUUUCUAGAAUGGCCAACACCAAGUUCUCAGAACUUCCGGUUGAGGAACAGUCUCAUGUGCUCUUUGCACAGGCCCUUCGUAGUCAGACUGAUAAGUAUAAGACCAUAGUUGCACUAGUCGAUGCUAGUGGUUUAGCAGGUCUUAGGAAACACUGGAAUACCCCUCUUCCUCCUGAAGUCAAAGAUUUGGUUGAAGAACUAGUAACAAAUUGUGAUGUUGAAAAGGUUACCUCAAAUCAAAACAACAAGAGGCGAUUAUUGACAGAGAAGCCUAUGGUGGCAAUGGGGGCCGGAGCAACAGUAGUUUUGGGGGCUUCCUCUCUGAGCAAAGCAGUACCGGCAUCAACUCUGAUGAAGCUUGUAACUCUCAAAGUUUCAACUCCACUCAAAUUCUUUCUUAGCCAAACACAGAAAGCAUUGGCAUUUGCCCUUGGGCCAUCAAAAGCUGUGGUUCCUGGGGUUGCAAGUUCCGGAGCCAAAACAUCUAGUGUCCUCAAGGCAACUUUGUCAGCUGAGAAAAUUCGAGCUGUUGCACAUAGUGUUAUAGCCUCUGCUGAAAGAACCAGUGUCUCAGCUAUGAGAACUGCAUUCUAUGAGAUAAUGAGGAAGCGUAAGAUGCGGCCGUUGGUCUUACCUUGGGCUACGUUCGUAGGUAGUGUUGGUACAUGCACUGGCUUGCUAUUGUAUGGAGAUGGGAUUGAGUGUGCUGUUGAAUCUGCACCUGCAGCCCCCUCCAUAGCCAGUUUGGGUCGGGGAAUUGAGCACUUACAUCAUAUGUCUCAAAUGGCAGUGCAAACAGAAGGAACUAGAAUUCAGAAGUCCAUAGAAUCUUUAAUAAAUAGAUUUAAGAAGGCAAAAGUUUGAUAAUGAUAGAAAAUAACUUUUUCCUUUUUUGGGUUGAGAGGAAAGGAGAAGAAAUAACUUUCUUUGAAUAGUUGUUAGGGUUGACCUUCAUAAAGUGAAUAUGACAACCUGUCGCAGGACUUCAGGAAAUUCUUGUGUGUAUAUAUAUUCGUGUCAUGCAAUUUUUGAUUAUGUUUUGGUCUGUAUAAAGCGUCUAUGUGGUCAUGUGCUGUGUUUUCUACUGUUUAUACUUGAAUUAUUACAGAAGGAAAUUAAAUAUUUCCUAACCAACAACUAUGUUCAAAUUCUUUGGUGCAUAGAAGUUAAGGUAUGUAUUGCUACA